AUGUCCAUCUCAUCAACCACCCCUCUUCUCCCUCCAAACCUACCCAUAAUCUCAAAAACCGUUGUACACGACAUCGAGACCAAGCUAAACUACAUCUUCCGCGACAAAUCGUAUCUACUCCAAGCUCUAGGCGCACAGGAAUCGACGUUCUGGACUUCAGUACGCGCGUGGUCAAACACGCCCAUGCUCAGAUCGUCCAAACUGGACAAAGACCCAGAAGCGCUCCUCCGAGCUGCCCGGUACCUGGGCCUUGAGAGAAUCACAGUCUGUAAGGACGACGAAGAAAGAUCUAACGACACACAGACCAAGACCGUGAAGCGCGUGCUGUUGGCGGUGUAUAUGGAUGGUAAGGAUCAGAGGUUGGUACACCAUGCAGCUAACCAUCUCGGGCUUUAUAUCGCGUAUCCGUUCAAAACGACCAAGAUUGUGGCGGGUGCGGGGGUGGAAUUCAAUCGAUGGUGA